GAAGUCAACAUUAUUUACGGAGGCUUUGGCGGGUUCAUCGCCCCGUCAAGGUUCCUCAUUCGGGUUUUGUUCGCACUCUUGCCUCGCUCCUAUGCUUCACAGAAGAUUGUCUGGAUCGGAUACCAUUAUGGGGAAGUAUCGGAAGUUGGGGACUACGUAUGUACGGCCUGAAACCUUCCCCGCCGGACUAAAUCGAGGUCGUAGAAUUUUGUUCACCAAUAAUCGUGCUACUUUAAGUGGCAAGCCUCGUUUCUGUCGGGUCUUACUUUACGACCUUGCCUUGGGAAGAGUAUCUAUACCGUAUGCUACAGUACCACCUGAGAAACCCUCCAUGGAGACACACCCUUCUUUCCCCCCAACUUACACUACGCCAGCUGAACGAACAUCUCCUAAAAUUAAGGAAAUGAUGUAUCGAUCUUUUCUGUUGGAGUCAAUCCUCCCUUACGAAACUCGUCUCACCAUCAGACCUUCAUCCACCCUGGAACCACACAUCCCUAGCACAGCAUACCGUUCACCAACGUCCGUCCUUCGUUACUUCUAUCUAAGUAGAGUUACUUCUGCGAAAUCAUCCACUCUUUUUACUCUCCGUGGCAGCAGUCUCCGCUUCACGCAAGAAGAAAACAAGCCGGGAGGGACACUGAGCCACCGACAACUUUUACCAACUUGGUAGCGUAGUAAAAGUACCAAAUUUCUUGCCCCGGGUUCAUGGAACAAGAUAGAUAG